AUGUCGCCAACAGUGGCAGCGUCGACGGCUAAACAAGCCGAGCAACUUCGAAUAGAUGGAAACAGUUAUUUCAAAAAAAAUCGAUUUGCUGCUGCCAUUGAUGCUUAUACCGAGGCUAUUACGUUGUGCCCUAAUGUUCCGAUAUAUUGGACCAACCGGGCUCUAUGUCACCGCAAGCGGAAUGAUUGGACCAGAGUGGAGGAGGAUUGUAGGAGAGCAAUUCAGCUUGACCACAAUUCUGUUAAGGCCCACUAUAUGCUUGGUCUUGCACUGCUACAAAGGGAAGAAUACACUGAAGGAGCUAAGGAAUUGGAAAAAGCCUUAGAUCUUGGAAGGAGUGAAAACCCUAAGGGCUACAUGGUAGAGGAGAUAUGGAAAGAGCUUGCAAGAGCAAGAUAUUUGUUGUGGGAACAGGAAUCUACCAGCCGUUCAUGGGAUCUUCAGAAUUUAAAAGAAACGUGCGAGGCAGCUUUGAAGGAGAAGCAUUUCCUCGAUGCUUCACUAGUGGAAGGAUUCGAGGAUGAAAAUACUCAAUCCAAUUUAGAACAGUUGGAAGCUUUAAGAAGAGUAUUUAACAAGGCUUCUGAAGAUGAUAUCCCAACUGAGGUGCCAGACUAUCUCUGCUGUAAAAUUACUCUAGAUAUUUUCCGUGAUCCUGUUAUUACUCCAAGUGGAGUUACAUAUGAGAGAGCAGUAAUUCUUGAUCAUCUGCGGAAGGUUGGCAAUUUUGAUCCGGUUAGCCGCGAACCACUGUAUUCAUCACAGUUGGUGCCCAAUUUGGCCAUAAAAGAAGCCGUGCGUGCAUUUCUAGAGACACAUGGGUGGGCUUACAAGACGGAUUGA